AUGGCACGUUCAGCUGAGCUACGAAAGAUCGUUCUUGUUGCCUUUUCAACAACUGCCGUCCGCAUCGCCAGAAUCGACGAGACGCAGAUCGCCGAUCAAAAGCUGAUGCCCUCAGUGGCCUGUUCACCCUUUGAAAAGUCGGUGGAUGGUUUGCGGUCACUACAGACGAUCAUUUCGGAUAUGGGGGAGGACGACGAUCCAGAGGACGCAUCGAAGCAAGCGAAAGCCCUUCUGCAAUCAAUCGUACCUCUCAUGUCCAUCGUCAGGCGAAGGCUUAGCGGUAUCAGCAUGGAGGGCAGUGAGGGUGCACGUAACCCUCACCGACGCUGA